AUGACGUAUGCACCAUUGAUCAGCCUCAUUCUUACUAUGUGGUUAGCCAUUAUUUGUUGCGUACCAUUUGACAGAUCUGAUGAGGAAUUGCGUUGGAAAUGGACUCGUCUCAUGGAAUCAAUCCGGUCUCCUAAAGUCAAAGGUAUACAGGAGGUACAGAGUGAAGUCACUCGCAAUGAGAAACAAGGAGAUAUUAAUACUGAGUGGAAGCGAAUACCAUUGGAUGAUUUGGAUGAGAGAGUGAGGACAUACCUUGCAGAUCGGCGACUCGAAUAG